AUGUUUGAAUAUUUCAUUUCUUGCGAUAAAUUAACAUGGUCCUGUAGCUUUCGACAGUAUUUUAUUUCUAUACCUUCAAUUUAUGGUAACGAUGUUGAGCCCAUAGUGAUAUGGACACCUUGGUUCAAAGACUCUCGGUCGUGGUGGGAAGGACUCAAGCUACAUACUUUGGAUGAUAAAAAUGAAUGUGUAAUCACUCAUUAUAGAAUUGCAGUUGAUGAGGCAAAUAUUAUAAUAUUUCAUUCUUCGGACUUGUAUAUGAAUGAUUUACCUCCCAAAAGAAAUAACCAAAUAUGGGUUCAUUAUACGGCUGAGGCAAUGAAUGAUGAAUUAUCUGAAAAUAUCAAACCGACACCACCACGAGGCCGGACGAUUGAAUAUAUAGCUCGCCAUCCUUUUUAUCUAGCAAUCGAAAAUUCCAAUUGUGAUUAUUAUGUCACUGAAAAACUUCAGAAUGCUUUGGCUGCUGGUGUUGUCCCUAUUGUAUCUGGGCCUAAAAACUAUACCCAUUUUCUUCCCACGAAUCAUUCUGCCAUCUUACUUGACGAUUUCCCACAGCCGCGUGAUCUUGCUCUCCAUUUACAUUAUCUUCUCCAAAACCCAAAAGAAUAUAGAAAAUAUAUAGAUUACAAAUAUAACUCUUCAUUAAUUUCGACAGAGUUUCGACGGAAUUGGGAUAGUCCGAAUGGAUGGAACUAUAAUAUUGGACUACGUCGAAUGUGUGAUAUGGCAUGGAAGUUAAGAAUGGGAAAAGGUAUAUCUUUUGAUAAUCAUGAGGAAGAAUGGAUGAAGCCAAAAAUUAUACGAGCAGAUCCUUCGUACAAAGUAACACUAACAGCUUUAGACGAAAUUGUUCUCCCUGCUUUAGAAGUUGCCUAUACUUCUCCUUUCGAAGCUGAUUAUGCUUCUUCUUUCGAAGUCGGCACAGAAGUUGAGCAAACUUCAUCAGGCUUGAAAGUUGAAAUUACUUCUCCUAGUUUGCUUCCCAUGGUUACACUUACCAAUACUCGGAGGUUACUUCUUCAUUUAACUAUCAAUACACUUGUAUUGUUUGGAAUGAAGGUUUGGUUGCCAGGUUUUUCGAAAUGA